AUGGCGACCCGGAACCCCCCUCCCCAAGACUACGAAAGCGAUGAUGACUCUUACGAAGUGUUGGAUUUAACCGAGUACGCCAGGAGACACCACUGGUGGAACCGCGUGUUUGGCCACAGCUCUGGACCCAUGGUAGAGAAAUACUCGGUAGCCACCCAGAUUGUCAUGGGUGGCGUGACUGGCUGGUGUGCAGGAUUUUUGUUUCAGAAAGUCGGGAAACUCGCAGCGACAGCAGUAGGCGGUGGCUUUCUCCUCCUCCAGAUUGCUAGUCACAGUGGCUAUGUGCAGGUCGACUGGAAGAAAGUUGAAAAAGGUGUGAACAAAGCAAAAAGACAGAUUAAAAAACGAGCAAAUAAGGCAGCACCUGAAAUCAACAACAUAAUUGAAGAGGCCACAGAAUUCGUCAAACAGAACAUCGUGAUCUCCAGUGGAUUUGUGGGAGGCUUUUUGCUGGGCCUUGCAUCUUAA